AUGCACAAUGUUCAAGACCAGUUAUCAAACAUAGUUCCCCAACACUCUGUGCCUCCACCCCCUCCUCCUAGCCCCACUUCCACCUCUAGUAAUGCACCAGAACCCACUCCUUCCAGUACCUUGGAACUUAAAUUUGCUAAGCCUAAGAAGUUUAGCAGCAAGAAGGAAGAUUCCCUUAAUUUCAUUAUUGCAUGUCAAGCUUACAUAAUGAUGAAAGGGGCAAGUUGCUCCAACAAAGAAAAAAUCAUGUGGAUCCCCUCAUAUUUUGAAGGAGCUGCAGAGCAUUGGGUUUGUCCAUACAAGGGGAAGAAGGUAUUUAGAGGAGAAGCUGUACCCAUGCUAGAUGAUGUUGACAACUUUUGGACCAAGUUCACAAAACAUUAUAUGGACACAAAUUACAACAAAAAAGACUGUCAAAAAUUGAACAACCUGCAACAAAAACUUUCUCUGCAGGAAGAUACUUGCCAACUCCAACAAUAUUCAGUAUCUCUUGGUCAUAGUGGUGAAACACUUCAUGACAGAUACUAUUGUGGUCUUAAAAAGGAGGUUAAGGAUAUCAUGCUAUCUACUAUGUUCCAAUGGUUUUGUGCCACAGUCCAACAAACUUAUGAUAGGGCAGAAGAGAUAGAAAAUCAUAUUGAAUGUUCACAGCCAUCUUACCCCUCAUGUCACAACCCAUAUCUGGAAGGGUUAUUACCAUAUAUAUCCACUGUCAAAGAUAUAUAUAGUAUAUAUGAUGCACAGUGA